GACGUUGUGCUCAAAGAGUUAUAUACCUAUAUUUUACAAGAGUUUAGUUCUCUAAACGAAACAAAUAACAUAACAAGAUGAAAAACGAACUAUAUUUAGAAACUCAUACAACAAAAGAAGAUUUUGAGAAAUCAUUUAUUUUAAAAGUUUCUCUAGAAUCACUUAUAACCUAUUGUGUAUACAAAUAUUGUGAUCCUUAUAAUAUUAAACUAUAUUUCGUGCAUACGACUGACAGUGACGAUAAAGAAUUAUUGUCUUUGAAGGCAGAUUGUUAUUGUUUUGAUUUCAUUGAUGUGAAGAAUGUAGCCUGGCAAGUGGCGUCAUGUCUCUUUCCUGUUGUACUGUUUGAUGACACGAUAAUUACCGGUCUGUGUGCAGUUUCCAGAUAUAUUUGUAAACACCGAUCAUCUGCUUCUUCACCAUACGAAAAUGAUGGCUUACUAGGUUUUCGCAAAGGCUGCCUUCAAGCACCAAAUGAAGUAUCUAUAUGGACAAAGUUCUGUGAAGUAGAUUUAAUAAAAACAGUAAAAAAAUUACUCAUCGAAGAAAAUUUAAAGGAAAUACCGAAAAAUUUAAUGAGGUUUGAAAAUCACUUAAAUAAGCCUGUUAAACUUCAUAAUAUGUUUAAAGUUGCUAGGGAAUUAAAAAAAGUUAGUACUAAACAUAACGAAAAUAGUAAAGUAGCUCAGAGUGUAAAACCUAGUGUAGAAGUCAAGAAAAUAAGUGAUGGUACAAAAACACCAAAACAAAGAAAAUGGAAGUCGAAUAAGAAUAAACAAUCUGAUGUAAAUAAUUCACUUAAUAUUGAAGAAUUAGGCUUAAAGCAUCAAUUUGCUGAAGGACCAUUUUUAACACUUGCCGACUUAGUACUGGUGCCUUCAUAUUACAUAAUAAUAGAAAAGAUUGGUAAAGACAUGUUUGAAGUUCUGUUCCCGUUGUCAUAUCAAUGGUUUUUAAAAAUUAGGAACAUUAAAGAAAUUGUUAAUUUUGAUUUUCUUUUACAAAAAAUUAAUGCAUUAUCCUUGCCAUUAAUGAAACAUCUUGAAAUACCAAAAAUAGAAGAUGUCAGUCUCUACAAGUCGGAUCCAAAAAGACACAAUCCUAAAAAGCGAUUGUUUACAAAGACCGAGGAUAUAGAAAAGGCAUUGGAUAGUGUACAAGAUGGCAUGGAAUUAAAUGUGAGUAGUUUGGAGUUUGACAAAGCUGUGGAUUGGAAUAAAGUUCCUGAUGGGGCUAAUCCUGCAGCUGGUCACUUACCAGUUGAAAGGGUAAUAAGAAAAUCUCAGCAAUUAGAGAACUUGUGUCAAGUGGUAAUCAGCAUGGCAAAGGAAGGUGACCUUAUUGUUGACUUUUGCAGUGGAAGUGGACAUUUAGGAAUUCUUCUAGCUUAUCUCCUACCAAAAUGUACAAUAAUAUUACUGGAAAAUAAGGAACGGUCUCUGUUAAAAGCCAAGAAUAGGGUACACAAUCUGGGCUUAACAAAUGUUAAUUUUUUUCAGUGUAAUUUGGAUUUUGUUAUUGGUAAAUUUGAUAUAGGAAUUGCCUUACAUGCAUGUGGAAUCGCAAGUGACUUGGUUCUAGAUAAAUGUUUAAAAGCAAAUGCUAAAUUUGUUCUUUGUCCUUGUUGUUAUGGCUCCCUGCAUGCAACCGACAGACUUACCUAUCCAAGGAGUUCUAAAUUCAUGAGUAUGACAAUUGAUCAAUACUUGUGUAUAGGUCAUACUGCUGACCAAACUCAUAAGGAACAUCCUUUGACUGUAAGGGGAGAAAGAUGUAUGGCUAUAAUAGAUUCAGAUCGUGCCAGAUUAGCGGAAGAAUACGGAUAUAAAGUGACAAUAUCAAGAUUGAAACCUUUAUCGUGUACUGAAAAAAAUAACCUUCUUGUUGGUGUACCAGGUAACAAUAAUAGAAUAAAAUAAUAAAAUCAAUUUGUAUUGUAAAUAAGUAUAUAAACAAAAAUUUUGUACUAA